CCGAAGACUACUCCGUACACUGGCGCUUUCCAAUAAGGCCGUUUAUCUUGUUACAGUGCCUACGAGGUGGCAUCGGCUCAGCUUGCCUGGUCUUGAUCCGACACACUGACGUCGUCGACUCCCGCGUUCCACAGACCCGACAGAAAGGUAGGACCGAUUCACCUUCCGCCAUGCGCCCACCCCAAACAAAACCCAGGGCCCGAUCUCCAACCGAAUCAGGUAGGACUCAGUGGUAGGUAUAUUGGUGGCGGCGGUGGCGGUGGUUAUGUGUUAUUGUUGGCUCUCGUCGACGACUCCAAUUUCCAGAUUCUCCCACACCGACCACCACCACGUCUCCGGCCGACACUACGUAGCUCAGUUCGGGCUCGUCUAUAAGCCCUGCAAUGGCAAUGGCCUACCGCAAAGAACGAAAGGAGUCAAUCAAAGGUAUCAGGCGAUCCACUCAGGUGGUAACAAUGUCGAACUGACAAACCGGUCAACAGUCUCUUUCGGUAAGGCGGGAAGCUGUUGGUCAGAUUCUGUGCAGCUGGACCUGGGAUGCGAUUCCCGCUCGAUGCAAUACACGAACGACACACCUGCAGUGAAUGGCUGGAGUUUGCCUCUGCCCACCACCGAGGCACUCGGUCACGCUGGCCAGGAGCAGACGAGGUGGUAUUAUUUCGGUCUAUCAUAUCUGACAUUGCCAUGCUUGGAAAUCGCGUUACGUUUUUGCUCUCUCCGAGGGGGCUGCCAACCGGGCAGGUCGCCGUCGUUAUCUUCCUGCCAGACAAGAUCAACACGCCCUCCACCAGCGUCUGAUGCAAUUGUUCGAGGCUGGCACUUGGCGCCAUUAGCCUGUGUCUGGACAGGACCGUCCUGUAUUCAGCUCCUCAUGGGCCAGUUUGUGCUGCUCCUUUCCCUUUCUUGAUGGUCCCACCAAUGUGUGGCCGUCUUCUUCUUGGAGCAUGGUCUACAAUGAUAGCAUCGCCUUGCUCUCUUGUCACAAAAAGCGCUUUGUGAGACAUGGCAAUGUGCAGUAUCACAUCAACUAACUGCCUUGCAGAAGCCAAGCCAAGGUUCGGAGCGUGCCAUACUUCACGGACUCAGCCCGAGCAUUCCGUGGCUUUUAUUCCCAGGGAAGGAUCUCUGGAGUCAGACUCGCCCAGAAUCCGAUGGCCAUGCCUCCAAGGACCCGGUGUGGAAAAUAUAGCCCUAUGUUGAAGCCUGUGUAUACACGCCAUAGUCGUAGGUAGCUUCCUGCCACGAGGUCCGAAUUAUCUCUCUACCUACGGAAUACUUUAG